AGCUGUGCUGCUUGGGGUUCCCAGUGUGAACAUUGUUACUGGUGCCCCGCAGGCUGACUGCUGUCUGUGAGCUAUUUGUGGCUAUUAUGUGUCUAUAAAAGGAAAUCUGCAGAGCGAUACACACACACAGACACACACACCGACAGUGAUGCACCAUGAACUUCAGAAGUCGGGCUGAAGAGUGCGCACCUUGCUCUCCGAGUCUGCCUGGACCACCGGUGGAAGUCUUGGGGGAAGUUUUUCUCUGAAGCCUGGACAUGUACAGCUCAUGUGGAUGGAGAAGUGUUUGAAUCAGAAAUGGACAGUUUGAGUCUGGAGAAGUUACAACAUGCCACAAGAAAUGACCGAGUGAGAGCACGCACACCGUCAAGGCGACUUGUGGCACAGGGAGCCGUGUGGUGGCUGGAAAUAUGAUCUUUGGGGACGGCAUGACCUCGGCAACACUCAACGCAGUUUAACAUUCAACAGGGCUCCAGUGUUCAAGUGUUGAAAUGAAGCUUCAUGAUAUAUCCGUCCCCUGAAGAUGACUUGAAUCAUUUCUCAGAGAAAUUUCUGACAAUCCGUCGCAUAAUGUUGAAGAAAGUGAUCUGCCACCUUUUUCCAGAUCUGUGCCAAAAUGUUUCAAUAGGAGGGCCAUCUGGGCCGUCUAUUUUCACAUUUGUGCCAGUGGUGCAGAAAUUACCAUUUGAAAGCCUUAUUACCGAGGAGGACGGAUCUGGAGCACGAACAGGAAAAACAAAUAAGAUCGCUGCCGAGUCCCAUGAGAGGACGAGCGGAGAGACCAUGUCGGAAAGGAAUACUUUCAAAGGAGAGAUUGUCUUUAUCAAGGACGCCGUGGCGGGAGGAGCAGGAAGCCAAAUCCCAGCAGAGACAGAACUUAGAUUGAAGUCGUCAGAGGAUCACAUGAGCUGGUCUCACACCAAAGCUUCUCGCUCCGUCAGCGCCCAGCCUGAAAAUACACCAGACCACACUGCCGCCGUGACAGCGUCUAUGGAAACAGCUGUUGAUAAACACAGGGCCGUUUCCCAGCGGCAGUGUCACGAUACUUCUGGACGUGCUGAGAUAAACAAGAUGAAGUUAAGCUAUAAAUCCCUCGCUGCAAUUCCCACAAACACUCUUCUGCUGGAUCAGCAGGCGAUCGACGAGCAGGUGGAGAGAGAGGAGAGUCCCUGUGACUCACUGGGUCGAGGUGCUGCAUUGGACAGAGGUUUUGCAGACACUCACGCUGAGAUGUGCUCGCCAGCUCAGCGCCGCCAGCAGUCAGAGGAGCUUUAUGCAGUUAUUGAUGAGGUUUUGGCAAACUCCACUCCAGCAUCCUCCAGGUCAUCCACUCCCAAUUUUGGUCUACAGAGCAACUCAACACUGCCAAAAUCCUUGGGACGGGAAACCAAAUAUGCAUCUUUAGGCAGCUUGUACCAGUCUGGCAGUGUGGACAGAAAGCUGACGGAUCAUAGAAAGACGAAGCCCGGGAUUAUUCGCCCGAUGACGGCUAUUCCUAGACUGACUGUGCAGGAUGUGGAAGAAUUUCGUCCAAACCCCUUCAGGCAACCUGAUGUCAAACACACUGACAACCAAAAGGUGGUAAAUGUGAGUCCGGAAGAGGCAGGGACACAUUUUGAAAAAGGCAUAACGAUGAGUGAUGGGAGGACGACUGAAAGAAAAAGUCCAUUCUCUGUUUGUGACCUGCAGAUUGCAGAGCCUGAAGACCAAACCACUCAGUGUGCCAAAGAUGCCUCAGCACCUUCCAGUCAAACUGAGGGGCGGAUGAAAGCUUUUGAGACUCAUAUUUAAAGCACACUACAUCCUGCUUCUUUCAGUUAACAUUAAUCUGCCAAGACAAAUUCAAUAUUUGAAACCAUUUUACGCCAAAAGGAUGAAUGAGAAUUAAAAAUGUUUAUUGGACCUUAUGGAAAUUAUUGAAUGAGUGCAUCACCAUAUGUACGGAUGUUUACAGCUGCUCAAAGCAGGAUUCUAUAUGCCUUAGAAAGAGUAUGAAACAACAUGCAAUUCACUGUUUACUCAUUCUCAAUACAUUGACGGCUAAUUUAUGCUCAAUGUUAUUAUGUAAAUGGUAACAAUUGGAGCCGUCUGUCAAUGCUCUGUUCAUUUCAUCCAUAUUUGUGAAUGUCUUCUGAAAACCUACUGGAAGCAUCAGACAAAACAGAGCAGUACCACCUUUGAUCAUGGGGGAAAAGGGGCAGUGCAGUCAAUAGUUCAAUCGAAACGAUCAUAGAACAUGAAGAAGACAUUUCAACAAUGGUGGAACUUUUUGAGGAGAUACUUUGGCAUUUACAUGAUGUCAUUUUGCUCAGGAAGCCGGGACAAACACUUCCUUUAAUGAUGCAAAAAUUCCUGACCAUGCACUGCCUUCCAGAGGGUGUGUUAACUACCAACCAAGCCAACAUAAAGGACGCAUGGAACUAGGCGGGCAUUUUGACAUCGUUCAAAACGGAUGUAUCCCCCUUUUUGUACGUAAUGGCAGCAUCAAUGAGCCUUAAACCUGUCAAGCUUUCUGUUCUCCCUCACAUGUGCAGUUCACUGUGAGUACUGGAGACAGAAAAUUGGCAUCAACAUUUUACUAGUGUGUAGCUUAGAUAUAAAAGUGAAGGCUGAGUGUGAAGAUGCCUGUGAUCCAAAGGUCCGACCCAUGAGUACCGAUCACUGAAAAUGCUGCAAUUACUAUGAGGUUAACAGGAUGAAAGUUGUUGCAGCUUGUGUAAUCUGACCGCAACCUGGUCUUUAGAUGGUUUUGGUCACAGACACUGUCAGACCCAGUCCCUUCCAAAGGCUGUGUGUAUGUGUGUUCGCCUUGUCUGACAUCUGGUUCUCACAUAAAAAUAUAGGAUGAGACUGUUGUUUUUCGCACAUACUUGGUGAAGCAGAACAGAAACUCAAUGUUAAGGUGUUAAUAUUUUUAAUCAGACUAAUUAUGUGAAUGUCACCCUAUUUCAGAUAAAACAAGAGAAUCUAAUUAUCAGAGAAUCAACUGAGUUUUGAUACAAAUGGUGGCUCCUUAAGAGGUUUCCUAUAACAGUUAUGCAAGACCCGACUUCCUUGUCUUCACUGAAAGGAAACCAAAGAAUGGCACUGAAAGCUUUUCUUGAUGGAAAGAUGUUUAGGCUCUUCUCCCAACUGGCUCCAACAACGAUGAUGUACAGUGAUACACAUAUGAUUCAUCCUGUUGAAUGUGUUCUGAAGUGCUUCCCAAACUAUUUUCCAACAAAGCCUUCACAUAUGAUUCUGUGUAAAAAAAAAAUAUAUAUAUAUAAAACACAUCUUCUCUGUCACUUUGAGAAGAAGAUCCAAUAGUGAUGAGAGACCUGAACUAUAAAAUGGCCCUUAUUUUUUCUUGGUCAAGAGAGAGCUCUGUUUUUUUUAAAGAAUUGUAAAGACUUACUGUAUGCCUUUUAUAUGCUGAAUUCACAAAUAUAAAAUAUGGUAAGAGUAAUAUAUCUGCUUAUACAACAGUUAUGCAACUAUGUAGCUCAUCACUCAAACAAAAUUUUAAUAAUAAAAAACGAUUUCAGGAAAAAAGUGUAAUAUGUAAUAAAGGAUUUCCUGUUGUUGCCCUAUA